AUGGAUCCAGUCGAAGAAGCAUCCGGGGAAAGUGAUCCUGUCGAGGACAAGAUCGAAAAAGGCGAGAAGGUCGAUGUGUUUAGCUUCUUGGUCGAUGAGGAACCGAAGCAAGAUGGCGACCAUCGUCCCACAUCUCCGCACGGCUCUGAAUAUGAAGACGAACAUGAGCCAGAUCAGGUGCCUGAUCAUCCCGAUCCAGAACCCGAACCCGUUCCCUACCCCGAAGAUGCCAUUCACCAGCCGGACUUCUCAACCAGAAGUUAUCAUUCCGAUUCAGGCAUCUCGAUGGAAGAUAGUAGCUUUGUGUUGGGCAAGACUACACUCCAACCAUUGCUGCCCACACUAACCGACUCCCGAGCCAGCAGUGAGCAGCCGCCAGAGCUACCAAUUGAUCGUCACUUCCAUUGGCGUUAUCCUGAGGUGCCCAAACCCAAGCAUCAGGCCUUUGUAUCUCAAGGUAUGGAGUCUAUCGAUCAUCCCGUUGAGGACAUCCACGACAGAGAUGACGCCCGGCCUCGCGGCAGCUUGUCACCUCCUUCCGUGUUCACCGAAGACGAGGCUACCUUUCCACUAAGCACCGACCACCUUGCCGACAUGCUGGCGAAUCUGGAUACUCCCCCAAUGUUCAAAGUAUUUAAGAAAACAAACUAUCGCAUACUGCUACAGCUACAAGAUGAGAUCAUUGAGCUCCAGGAAGAACUUGCUCAUCUUGAUACAUAUGAUGGCAGUCGCAGGCUGAGCAAAGACGCCAGCACCGGCGAUACCUGUCGGCGGCUGAGCUUUCAUUGGGGCCAGUGUGAUUUCGACCUCUACAAAGCCAAAGCGGAAGUACUUGGGCGGCUUCAGAUUAGAAUGGACCAAUACUACAAGACUCUUGUCCUCUCACCAAAAGUCAAUCGCUUUCGUGGAUCGAUGGAUUGCAACUCUCCCGAGGUUUCAAGUUUCAAGAAAAAGCUCGAGACUCAUUUCCACGUCAGCCGGGCAUCACCACCGGAGUCUGAGACUGAAUCUCCUGCGACAUUCAGGUUCCUCGAUGACGAGAAAGAUCUCGUCUCUCUGCACUCCCCAACAACAUCGUCGCUAGUCUACGCCUCACCCUCGAUAGGCCCUCUAUCACUCAUCCCUCUAAUCAUUCCUCUUCUCCUCUUCAAGAUUUUUACCAGCGGCAUCAACAGAAUUCUCAUAGUCGGGCUCACGCUUGCAUUGUCUUUGUUCAUGUUACGCAACGAGAGCAUAGCGAAAUGGGCAGGAUCAAUAGACGGCAGACAUGGGCAUGACCAACAGGCGCUGAUUGUUUGUACCGGUAUCUCGAUGCUUGUGGGUUUACUAAGCUGA